CGCCAUUUUUGAUCCAACUUGCCUUCCAUAGUCUCUUCUCGUUUUUCUCUGUCCAGUUACGAUCACUCAUGCGUUUGAGUCAAAGAAGAUGGAAGAUAUUUCUUUGGACGAAGUGAUACGUCGACGCGGUUUAAACAACAAAGAAACAAUUAAAAGGCCUAUGUUCGGCAGGGGUGCUGGAGGGGUCGGGAGGACCUUUGAUGCCCGACAGAAAAUUGGGAUGACAGAUGUCAGACAGAGACUUGGUGGAGGAGGAGGAACUGCUUUUCAAGUGAAGGAUGCAAGAGAGAAACUUGGCCAGAAAGAUGCCCGCUUCCGAAUCCGUGGCGGAGGAGGAGCAGGUGGGGUCCAGGAUGCCCGACAGAUGAUCAACUCGCGAAAAGGAGGUCCGAAUACAUUUAAUGUUACCCCACAGAGUUUACAGCAGAUACCAGCAGCACAGCUACAGACACAUGUGCAGCAGAUACAGAUACACACUUCCAAUGACAUUGCCAGUGCAAAUGCCAGGCAGUUUACCCCCAACCUACAAGGAAUGAACAUUAGAGCUGGGGUUACGCCACAGCUGGGGGGUGCACCUAAGAGGAUGAUGGAUGCUCGUGAUAGGCUGAGCCUCAAGAGGACCAUUGGAGCUCCACCAAGCCAAGGAAUGGCGGCACCCAUGAAGAUCACUAAAACCAUCCAGCAGCAAAGGCCGGUAGGGAUGUCAAGUGGGAUCCGUAUGAAAAUGCCAAGCAGGGGUUCCCAGUCUUUCUCAGGUGAUGAUGAUAUCCCUAGCAAACAGAUGAAGACCACCACUGGCAACCAAAUGCUGCAGUCACGGCCUGGCACCCUGGGCUGCCCUUUCACUAUGUCAGCCCCCAUCACUAAAGUAGUCAAAAACGAUGCGUACACCGCUCCUCGUCCCCCAGUGCCUGUGACACCCACAAGAACCAACCCUAGUGUAGGGGCCUCCCGCUCCUCUGCUCUCGACUUACAGCCCAUCUCCAGGACCCUCCGGCAGGCAGGGCCCACAGCGGAGCCCAACUCCCAGCCUCCUCCACCCCCACAGCCUACCUUCAGUCCUCUGGAGGGGACUAAAAUAACAGUGAAUAAUCUGCACCCCCGUGUCACUGAAGAGGACAUAGUGGAGCUGUUCUGUGUGUGCGGUGCCUUGAAGCGAGCGAGGCUGGUGAAGGUGGGGAUUGCUGAAGUGGUGUUUGUGAGGAAGGAGGAUGCUGUGAGUGCCUACAGGAAAUACAACAACCGUUGUCUGGAUGGCCAGCCCAUGAAGUGCAAUCUUCACAUACAGGGGAAUGUCAUCACUUCAGACCAGCCCAUUCUUUUGAGGCUCAGUGACACUCCAGGCACUGGAAGGAAAGAGGGUCUGCCCCUCUCUUUGUCUCGCCCCGGGGGUCGUCCAGCCUCCUCUCAACCCACACCUGAGGUGGAUCCCCAGACCAUCCUCAAGGCCCUGUUCAAAUCUACUGUCCAGACCCCCUCUACCACAGAGUCUCCCGGUUCACAGUGCACAGCCUUCCGCAUUAAGAUAUAACUUUCUAGUACAUCCACACACAUACGUGUCACACAACACAUACUACAUCCACCCUCCUGUUUGACAGAGACAUCUACUGAGAUGAUCAAAUAGCAUGAUACUGUAUUUGUAUAAAUUGUGACCGAUCAUUGGCAGGUUGUAACAUCUAAAAUUAACACUGGUGCCGUCGUCCAGAUUUUUAGGAAAGAAACCCAUUUGUAACAGUGGCGAACUACAUAGAUGCAUGUCUCAUAACCGACCAAUGUGAGGCAGUCUGAUUUGUUCAUUUAUUGUUUUAAUCAAAUUUGGUGGGGGGAUAUCACAUGGUUCACUUUUACAACUGUUCAAAUAGUUCACAUUGAACACCCCUCUUGGAAUCAUGAGAUGUUUUGUGCUGGUUGGAGUCUCUCUUCCCCCCCCCAACCGAUGGUCUCACUAUGACUUGAUGCACAAACCCAUGAAGAUAAUUGUACUGUGAACUACAGGCAACAGUGGUUCUUGUACUGGACAUAAUAUAAAGUUUGAUUUCAGAAUGACUUGUACACAUGCUUGUAUUCCGUUGUGGUAUUUGGUUUGCCAUUCUCCUUUUUGUGGCAUUGCUUUUUGAGCAGCUCAGAGAAGUUAUGCUAAUUUGCUCAAUUUAUGUUCAACUGUCUGUAAAUGGCUUUUUACAGCUGCCUUUUAUGUCAGUCAUGAAGAUAUGGUAGUGAGGUCAGAUCUAUGUACAAGUUAAUUACUGCCAAUAAAUAUGUUGCUUUAUAAA